AUGGCAACCCAGGGAUAUUCUCAGAUGGACCAUACAAUGGUCAAAGACGUAAAAUCGUUGCUUUGGGGGUCUUCACUGAAAGAGGAUGUAUUCUCACGAUGGACACAAGGUUUUGUGUUCAGUGAUGCAGAACCAACAGCUUUAGUGCAGCAUGAUGGAGGGCCCUGUGCAGUACUAGCUCCUGUGCAGGCUUUUAUAAUAAAAUGUGCCCUAUUUGGAGAAGGGGACCCAGAUAUUAUGGCACUCAAAGCUGUCUCAAAUGAAAGAGCCAGCAGUUUAUUGCUUGAAGCUUUAAAAGAAAUCCUCAUACAGAUGAACAGUUCAGAGUAUAUUUUAGUUGGUCUAGACAGGCAAGGCCUACAGGAUCAACAGACUGCCUCGCCAAAUAGGAUUAUGGAGGCAAUCGGUGCAAGCAGUACCCUUCCUUCAGAGGAAACAUUGCUGAUAACAGGAUCAAGGCCUGUGUUAAAGUGUCAGGAAUCCUUUCAUUCCAGCCUACGGUUUUAUAAAUGCAAUAGUCAAGAGGAUUUACACACAGCUAUGUCAAGAGCCAUGCCAGAAUUUCAGUCUAGCUUUGGUGUUCUUCUCUAUCUGUAUUCAAUAUUGCUCACAAAAGGUAUUCAGCAAAUAAAGAAUGAAAUUGAAGAUCCCACAGAACCACUUAUUGAUGGCAUUUAUGGACAUGGAAGCCAGAGUCUCAUUAAUCUGCUGCUGACAUCACAAGCAACCUCCAAUGUAUGGGACAAUGACAAAGAAAUUUCAGGAUUGAAACUAAAAGGCAUUCAGAAACAGUCAACCAUCGGAUUUCUGACUCUGCUGGAGCACAUGAGAUACUGUGAGGUUGGUUGGUUUUUCAAAAACCCCAAAUUCCCCAUUUGGCUUUUAGGAAGUGAGACGCAUCUUACAGUUUUAUUUUCUACUGCAGAGAGUCUGGUUAUAAGAGAAAGCCCUGCGAUGCAUGCUAAAUACGUAUUUAAUCAGUUUGAUCCUGAAGGAAAUGGCUUUAUUUCUUCAUCUUUGUUGGAGGAUGUAAUGAGAGCCUUAGAUUUGGUAGCUGACACAGAAUAUGUGGACAUCAUGAGAGCCAAGCUGGACUCAGAAGAACUUGGAAUUAUCACCCGCAGCAGUUUUCUGGAAGAGUUCUUUCCAGAACAGCAGCUGGAGCAGCCAGAGUCUUUCAUGAUCUACCACUAUAAUGGUCUACCACACUCCUGUCCAGAGGGCAAGGUUUCUUACAUAGAAGGCAAGGCAUUUCUGGCAGAAGAGGUGGAGACACAGUUCAUUACAGACAUGACACCAAUCAAAUUGUGUCUUCAGACUAAAUGGCCUUCCAUAGAAAUAGUCUGGGAUUCUGAUGUACCUCCAUCACUAAACUAG